AUGCAUUCAGUUCAUAGGGAUGAUCAUCCAAUCAGAAUCAAGAAUCGAGAGAAGAAGGAGAAGACGAAAGCCAACAAUUUGGAAUAAAAUCGCGAGAAUCCAGUGAACGCGUUGAGAGAAGUCUGUGGAUUCGCGUUGGAAAAGCAGAUGGAUGGUUUUGAGAUCAGUGCCGGCUCAUCCAAUGAUCCAGAAACUCCGAAGCUUCAGAAGAAGGAAGAAACUCGAAAAUAA